UUUCAUUCAGACCGCUGAACCAAAGACGCCCAAAAAACAUGUCUUCCCUCAAUCUCCACCCCGCUAUCAACAAUGGCCUGACCAAGGGUAGCACAAGCUUCAAUGGCGGCACGCUGCAAUGCCACUGCGCAUCCAACAAGGUCAAAGUCCAAAUCACCGGCAACGUUGCCCACAACCACGCCUGCGGCUGCUCCAAGUGCUGGAAGCCCAAGGGAGCCCUCUUCUCCAUUGUCGGAGUCGUCCCAGUCGACAACGUCAAAGUCGUCGAGAACGGAGCCAAACUCUACAUCGUCGACUCCAACGCCGCAAUUCAACGCAACGCGUGCAAAGAAUGCGGCGUGCACCUCUUUGGCCGAAUCGUGAAAGACCACCCUUUCAAAGGCCUCGAUUUCAUCCACGUCGAACUCAGCAAUGAGCAAGGCUGGCAAGAGCCGCAAUUCGCCGCUUUUGUGAGCAGCAUUAUCGAGCAAGGGUUCGAACCUAGCAAAAUGGAUGAGGUGCGAGGCAAAUUCAAGAGCCUCGGGUUGGAGUCGUACGAUUGCCUCAGUCCUGCUUUGAUGGAUUUGAUUGCGGCGUUUACGGCCAAGUCAAAGUUGUAGAUCAAGAAGAGAGGAGACAAGAUGAUGAGCAGACCCAAGAGAUGAAUGUUCGUGGGUGGGGUCUCUUGUGGAAAUGGCUAGGUAUCGUCAAGAAGCAAAAGUCGAUGCAAUCUAGGCUGUAACUCUAUCAUGUUUGGUCAUCAGAGAGAAAAACAAAAAUGCAACAAUUAAUAAUGAUGUCUGUGUCCG